GUCUCCUUUUCGCAAAUAGAAAAGUUUCUGGGUUCAGGAAUAUUGAGUCGUGAUCAGAUGACACGAGCAAGUCUGUGGUGGGGCGAGUCGUUAAUGUCUGCAUACUGGAUCGAGGUCACCGCUGGCAUGCAGAAUGAGACACGCAGCAGAAGCAGAGAUGAGUGGCCAACUCGCAAAGGCUCUCUUUACUUUUUCCCUGAGCCUGGUGCCAGAAUCGAAGAGGAAGAUUUCUUUGGCUACUUCCACGCGCAGUUCAUCGUGGCUACGCAGCCAGGUGACUACGAAUUCCCGAAACCGAUCAGUCACCCAACCAUAGCAGAACUCGACCGUCUGCGCGUGUACCCCAACAUAUGGGUUCCAGCGAGCAACCUGGCCAAAGCAGCAUACGCCAUGGUCCUCGCUGAUCUAGGUCAGACUCCGAAAGAGCCAACAAUGUUAACAGAUGUGGAGCUAUUGCGGUCGUUUACUUCGAACCUCGCAUCUGCACAGGAGAAAUCUGCCAAUGCAAAACCAGGACCAGCGACCCAGAGCUACGAUGAGACGGCUACUGGUACCUUAUCCGUGACGCCCUCAGUUAUCUCCGCUCAGUACCUUUGCCAAGUUCCCCGAAUGCGUUCACCAGGCAGCUUAUUACUAGCUGUCCUAGUGGCUGAUUUGAUCUUUCUCCAGACGGCUUGGCAGCUAUAUAAAUUGGUCUGCGAAAAACUGCUUGCUCGCCGCUAUCCGGAUGCGAAUUUGUGCCAUGGGUGCUUGAAUGGUCCAGUGGAGACUCAAUUAGCGCAGACUGUAGAAACGACAACGAGAAAGACGUAUCUGCCAGUGCAGCAACGCGAAAUUGAGGUAGGGUUGGCUAAGAGAUUAUAAUAUAGUAGUUGGAAUUGAUAUUGUUAUACUAAAUUCUGUGAAAACGCCUCAAUACGAACGCC